CGUGGCGGAGCGCCGGCCCCUUUGGGCCGCCGUCGCGGCGCUGGGGCUGCUUUGCGGAAGUGCACCGGGGGGCGGCCGGCCGGUGGAAGAUGGCGGGGGUGGAGAGCAGCUCCCGGUACCCGGAGGGAUCGGCGCUUCAGGACCCGCUGUCCCGCUUCACCUGCCCCGUCUGCUUGGAGGUGUUUGAGAGCCCGGUGCGGGCCCCCUGCGGCCAUGUCUUUUGCACUCCAUGCCUGCAGGAAUGUCUGAAGCCUAUUCAACCAGUUUGUGGAGUCUGCCGCAGUACCCUGUCUCCUGGCAGUAGAGCUCUGGACCUGGAAAAGCAAAUUGAAAUGACAGAAACCACUUGUGAUGGCUGCAAUAAAAAAAUGUACCUCUCAAAGAUGCGUAGUCAUGCAGCUUCUUGUUCAAAAUACCAGAAUUAUAUAAUGGAAGGCGUUAAAGCUGUAACUAAAGACCCACCUCGUAACACCAGGAAUGUUCCAAAUCGUUUUACCUUUCCUUGUCCUUACUGCAGUGAGAAAAACUUUGAUCAGGAAGGACUAGUUGAACAUUGCAAAAAAUACCACAGCAUGGAUGCAAAACAAGUGGUUUGCCCAAUUUGUGCCUCGAUGCCAUGGGGAGAUCCAAAUUACAGGAGUGCUAACUUCAUGGAACAUCUUCAACGGCGACAUCAGUUUUCCUAUGAUACUUUUGUGGAUUAUGAUGCUGAUGAAGAUGACAUGAUGGCACAGGUUUUACUACGUUCCUUGAGGGAUCAGUGAACUAAGUGGGAGAUGAACUGUAUGAUACCAACCUUCCAUUAGGGGAAAAUACACAGCAUCCCUGACACCUGUCCCCUCUCAUCCCAAGAUGAUCCCACACAUCUGAAAAUAAAUAUGGAAGAUUUUUGAAGAAUUGCAGUUUCUUGGCUCCAGUACCUGAUCUCUCCAUACAUUACUAUGGAUCUUGUCUAUGUUAGUGGUCUCUUUGCUGCCUCUCAUCCACUUCAGGGUAGUUCUCUUGCUUCCUUCACUCCAAAGGCUUGACUACACUUGAAACACUACAGAGGCAUAGCUGUGCUGCUGUAGCAGUUCAGUGAAGAUGCUGCCAACACCAACAGGAGGGGUUCUCCUGUCCGUAUAGGUAAUCCACCUCUCUGAGAGGCAGUUGCUAGGUCAACAGAAGAGUUCUGUCAACCUAGCGUUGUCUAUACUGAGGGUUAGGUCAGCUUAACUAAAUCACUCGGAGGUGUGGAUUUUUUCACAUCCCUGAGCGACGUAGCUGGAUUGACCUAACUUUUUAAUGUAGACCAGGCCUUAGACCUGGUCUGUGCUUAAAACUUGUACUGGUGUAGCUAUGUUGGUUAGAGGUGUGGAGAAACCCACAUCCCUGACAGACGUAGCUAUGUCAACAAAACUCCCAGUGUAAAUGCUGCCACGUUGACAUAAGAGUGCUUCUCUUGGCAUAGAGGUGGUGGUGGUGUUCCUAUACUGGCAGAAAAACUUUGUUGAUGUACACUGCAUCUCCACUAGCGGGCUAUGCUGGUAAAGGCUCUGUAGUGUAGACACAUAGCUUAAGUUUAGCCAGUUGUCUCCACAUUACUGCUGCCUGCUCUCAUUUUCCUUCCCCUGUCCCUGUAUCCUUCUGCUCUCUAUGUUCCUCUCUGAUUUCCUCAGAUCCCAUAAACACUAUAAAGCUUCAAGAAGGAAUGGCCUAAAUUGACUGUUGAAGACUAUUAAAAACAAAACAAAAAACCACUUGAAAAUAUAUCUUCCUAAAUGUUGAUUGAGCAUUGGAAGCCAUUUUUGGUGAAUGGAAACUCUGGUUUUGGAUGCAACUGUCAGAAAUUGGUUUGAAUUUUAAGAUUACCUAAUACAACUAUGGACUAUACUUUCUUUUAACGGGGUUUCUAAUGCUGGUAGUCAGCCUAAAGGCUAUACGUAAUACAUUGUAAUAAGUAAUAAAAUAUUACUAAUACACAAUACAUUGCCUAAAUAACGAGUCUUUAAAUUAUACACUAACAAUUCUGUGCACCUGCAUAAGGAACUGAUUCACCAUAUUUAUUUAGUUCAGCAGCUGCAUGUUACAUACUAGCAUAAAUUAUAAAUAACUAUUCGGGUGACAAAUUUCUAGCCUAGAAAGUAAAAGUCUGUAUUAAAAAGAUAGUUCUUACUAUUUAAAAAAAAAAAAAAUCCACAGGAUGUAUUUUUCUUUGUAAAUGUUACGUCUAAUAUUAAUCAAUCUUAUGUGCUGUCUUGACAUUUUAUUUUUUUUAUGUCUUCGGCAUUGAUUUUCUACAGUUUGAACCAUUAAGCAUUAAAUGCAGCCUUUCACUGACAGAGGAAUUCAAAAGCAAAACA